AUGAGGGGCCACCGUCAAUCAGAGCUCCCAGAAGACUUCUGGAUCCCUAUUCCUCUGGACACCAACAAUAUCACUGCACUAAGCCCUUUCCUAGUGCCCCAGGAUCACCUAGGACACCUGGGUGUCUUUUAUGCCAUGUCGAUGUUUAUGUUCUUCAUAUUUGUGGUUGGAACAUCCAUUAAUGUGCUAACUAUCGCAUGCACUGUUCAAUAUAAGAAGCUCCGGUCUCAUCUGAACUACAUCCUGGUGAACUUGGCCAUUGCAAACCUCAUCGUGGCCUGCGUGGGGUCGUCAACCUGCUUCUACUGCUUUCUCAACAGAUACAUGGCUGUUGGUCCACUGGGCUGCAAGAUUGAAGGAUUUGCAGCAACUCUGGGCGGUGAGAAGAUAGACAAAAUACAUGGGUAGAAAUUGUAAUGAUAAUGAACAAAUGGACUUUUCUUCUUAAUACUGUCUAUUUUGUAACACAGCAAAACCUACUUUGCUGUUUUUACUGUAACACACAGAAGCUUUGCAUAAAACGCUGACAUGUAAUUCUAUGAAGAUACAAGAACUUGUGGUGUUCAGCAGCAUGGUAUUUCAUUUUGCUGUCAAAGCAGCAAUCUUGUGCAAAAGUUGUGUGCAAGUGUUUUAAUGAAUGUUUCUGCCUAGAAGCAUUACUCAGUGAGUCGAAUCGCUAAAUCGCUGAGCUGCUUAAUGAGUUGUGGUCAACCCAAAAUUCACAUGCAAGAGACCGUUUAAAAAAAGUGCAAUUCUUUUAUUGGUUCAAUUGAAAUGUUACAGCCAUGAGUUCCCAAAAGGGUUUCAAAGGAAUUGUGGAUCUGACCCACAAAAACAGAGGAAGGCUUUCAGUAUGUCCUGUGAUCCAAACAGAUUUUCAUACCUGAAAGAGGAAUUUUUUUGAAACAGAGUAUGCCUGAUUCUUUUAUCAUAUCAAAAUCUCUUUUCUGUCUUGUUACAGGUAUGGUGAGUCUGUGGUCUCUGGCCGUGGUUGCGUUUGAGAGAUGGCUUGUUGUCUGCAAGCCUCUCGGGAAUUUUGCCUUCAAGCCUCACCAUGCUAUAGCUUGCUGUGUAGCCACUUGGGUCUUUGGAUUGAUUGCUUCAGCGCCUCCCCUGUUUGGUUGGAGUAGGUCAGUAAAAGGACAAGCAUUUUGAGUAUUAACCGUCAAUUGGAAAUGACACUGAUGCGAUAAGUUCUUCAGCAACUUACUUUUCCUAGAUACAGCCUGUAAAGGAGCUAUAGAGCUCUUGAGAAGAUAAUAGGCAUUGUUUAUUCCCUGAGCCAAAUCUAAAUAUAAAGAGCCACUGCUUGCACGCAUGUGUCUUCAGUUCUGACUGUCUCUGCAGGUAUAUCCCGGAGGGCAUGCAGUGCUCCUGUGGACCAGACUGGUACACAACCAACAACAAGUAUAACAAUGAGUCCUAUGUGAUGUUCCUGUUUUGCUUCUGCUUUGCUGUUCCCUUCACCACCAUUGUUUUCUGCUACUCACAGCUGCUGCUCUUGAUGAAAUCAGUAAGCAGUACAUUUUAGGUUCUAUUUAUGUGUGUAUGUUUGGUGACCGCAGAUUUUUUUUUUUACAUUCUUGCAAGAAUUCAAGUGUUUCUAUUGACCUUGCCCCAUAAAUCUGCCUCCCCAACAACAGGCAGCAAAGGCCCAGGCUGAGUCUGCUUCAACUCAGAAGGCAGAAAAAGAGGUGACAAGGAUGGUUAUUGUCAUGGUGAUAGGCUUCCUAGUGUGCUGGUCGCCUUACGCCAUCUUCGCUGUGUGGGUCGUCAACAACCGUGGGCAGACAUUCGACCUGAGACUGGCAACCAUCCCCUCCUGUCUGUCUAAAGCCUCCACAGUCUACAACCCAAUGAUCUACAUCCUACUCAACAAACAGGUUAGUUUUGGUGCCGUGUGCAGAUGCCAGUGAAAAAGCGUCAUGCAAUUCAUGAUUUCCUUUAUCAGAACAAAGUACUCACCAGUAUGACUAAAAAGCAUGUCGUAUUGUUAUGGACUGAAGGAAUUACCUGCAAAGCGUUACAAAUGUGUGGAAUAUCAUUCUGUCGACAUACCUCCAACAGAAAUAACUUUUUCCUUUCUGCCCCUCAGUUCCGCACAUGUUUAAAGAAGAUGAUGGGCAUGAGCGCAGGCGAUGAUGAGGAGGGAUCAAGUACAUCAGUCACUGAAGUCUCCAAAGUCGGACCUUCUUAGGUUAUUCACAUUUCAUUUGAUGACUGCACAAUGUAAAAAGGAGUGAAUGAUGCAUAAUGUGACAAGUGUGAUGAUGUUUUCCUUUCAGAUUAAGAAUAAUGUGCAUACAUAAAAUGUAAAAAAAAAAAAAAGGAUAAAUAAUGACAGUGUUUAUUUUGUCUUUAACAGGGCAUUCUAAGUGAAUGAACACUUAAAAAAUGAAUUUCCAUUUUUUGGUACUUCUUCCUAAAAUCUUGUUUUUUUUUUUUCCACAAGAUGCUUGAUGAGGUCACUGCAAAACCCAUAGUAGUUUUAUUUGAAUAAUAAACAAAAUGCUUUGCAUGCAUACAAGCUUUUCGUCAAAUGUUUUAAAAUGUUACACUACAUUUGUAGUAGAGAGUUUCCCCUGCAGGAUUUUAAAGAGUAAAAAUGUACAGUUGCACACUUAAAAAAUGAAUUUUCUCUUUUAGCAUUACUUUCUAAAAUCUUGUUCUUUUUACAAGAUGCGUGGUGAGGUCACUGCUAAACCCAUAGUAGUUUUAUUUGAUUAACAAGCCAAUGCACUGAGUACAUGAACAUUUUUGUCAAUAAUUUAAAAAGUUGCACUGCAUUUCUAGUGUAGGGUUUCCCCUGCAAUAUUUCAGAGACUAAUACAACAAUUAUACAGCUUACAGUCUUAUGUCUUUGCUUGGUAAACAACUACCAACACUGCAGAGAAAAAGACUGUGAGACCCUCGAGGUCAGCUCAUCAGAGGGGUUUGUGAGAUGAGGAGCGGCUUUUGAUGAAGUUCAAGUGUAAUUUACAAAUGUCCUAGUAAAGAGUAUGCUUACAGUCUGUCUAUGUCUUAUAAUUCUUUUUGUUCUAUAGCAUAAAAUACAGACAAACACAUUCAUAACACAUCCAUAACAUAAAAGUUGUUUUUUCUACAACACAAGGAUAACGAGCUCGAGCCAAACCUGUAGUGAUGCUUUAUUAUCCUCGUUUUAUUUGGGGGGAGUUCAAGAGAAAAUUUUCCCUUUAGCUCACUGUAAAGGUUUUAAACUUCAUUUUUCAUUUCAGAACAUGAAAAGUGAAUUGGAAAAAGAGGAAUUAGCAGCAUUUUUCAUGAAGUUUGAAGGGAGGGCAUGACAAGGACAGAGAGUGAACAUGACAUUGGAAUAUAACUCAACAAGACCAACUUUUAAAAUUUCACACAAAUCAUUACUUAGAAAAAUCAGCUGUUAACGCGCAAAAGUUGUGUGAAAUAUACAGCAUUGGAGAUGACAAAAUCAAAAACUCACUGCUGUAUUUUCCAAGGCAAAUAUUUGAUUGUGCAGCGGGAUACUGUGCUUCCUUAUGCCUCUGUCUGUCUGAAAGAACCAAUAAAAAAGGUUAGACUCCCAUUAUGAGCAGAACACCGUCUAUCUGUGUAACAGCGUAAUGAAUGUAUUCAAAUCGAAUCAUUGUCAUGUCAGAAGUGUAGAUGAUUAGUUUAAACUUCAGCCUAUAGAUGGAGCCAUACCCAGAACAGAUGUUGUAGAUAGCAGACACACCAGUGUGGACAGCUGAGUCCAGUUUUUUUUUUUCCAAGUGGGGACUUUGAAGUCUGCAGAAAGUAACUUGGCGUUUAUGUACAAAUACAAAAAGACACUCAAACGCACAAGCAAACACAAACACAAACACAAACACAAACACACACACAAGAUGUGAUAGGCACUUGUAUAUUACUUGUAGUAAGUCAGAGGUCUGUGUGGGCAGUUACUGAAGCCAAACAAGUUCAGACGGAAGUCUCUAAAAGGCACAAAGUUAACAACUGUGAACAAAAGAAGUUAUUCUGAAGAAACACUUGUGGCUGCAACCUGUAGUUUUACUUGUAAAAAUGAUGGACAGUAAAGCGUAGAAAGAGGUUACAUGUCGUCUGCCUGUCAUGAUGCUGAAAGCGAUGAAAAGUCAAUACAGUCAGAUCAAUACAUGAAAUCACCACUGACACUGUCACCCCUGGAAUACAGGUCAUCAUGUCUUAUCUGAGCUGCGGGGAAAGGAAACAAAAUCAUUUUAGUUUGAGCUGACAGACUGACAACGACAUUUGUACAAAAUCUGAGAGUAAGACUAUUACCUGAUGUGAAGUGAACGAGAGACCAUAAGGCUGACAAAGGUGCACUCGGUUCACAUCACACCAGUGUAAUUAUUUACACUCAGCGAUUGUCACCACACAUUCUGACCACCUGCUACCCCGUUCACAGUGGUACUGGAGAUUCACGUCGGUAGUCGGGAGCAAAUCCGAGUUCUGCUAGUAGUGAACUUUUACCAAACAUGAAUAGUUCAGAACUAGCGGAAUUCCAGACCUACCCUCGAAGCAUCACAGCACCACAUGGCUAUAGGAGUCAAGAAGAGUUCAGAAAACUACUGUCAACUCCUCCUCUUGGAUAAAUGAAUUUACAUCAGUAAAAUACUCCACAUAUGUUCAAUCUAGAUUUUCAAAAAGCUCUCUUUUAGCAAUGUUUGAACAAACAAAAAGAACAAUGUACUACCUUAUACUCAAAAAGUUUAAAAAUAGGCCAAAUAUUUAAAAAGGAAUACAAAUUGCACUAUCCUGAUCUCUAACAAUAACACAGAUAUAUCUGAAGUAAAAGAAUACAGAAAAGUUUACAGAUUUCUUCAGUGUCAGGAUCCAUCCUCCUCUUGGUGUGCAGUACCUGUCCCAUGUGAAGGUCUUAGCCACUCUGGACGACGGUUACCUGUGCAUGAAGAGGACUUUACAGGCACACAGAAUCAACGGAUUAAAAUGA